AUUGGGCCAAAGCGAACAAAAUGAACCAAGCCCGUUGCACGCAAUUUUUAGCAACUUUCCUUUCGGUUGCAUUUCGUCCUAACGCAGAGUCGAAACCGAAACACUGAAACUAUAUUCCGUCUUGUAUCGGUGCAGUUGAGCUCAAACUACAAUGGCGGAGGAUACACCGAGUUCAUCAUCGGCGAGAUCUACCACCAAGGGAAAAUCCUCAACCGAACCAAACAUUGGCAUUUCCUUACUCAACGACGAUCUUCUCCAUAACAUUCUCACCAGACUUCCUGCCCUAACGUUCGCUUCUGCAUCUUGCGUUAGCAAAUCGUGGAAUUCUGUUUGCAAUCGCAUCAUUUCUCGUCCCAAACUUUCUUCUGCGCUUUCUCUUAACCCUACACUCCGUGUCGCUGUGAAUGAGGUUAUCAACAAGGUUCUGUCUGAGCCAAUUAGACCUUAUUUUGCUAUUGCAAAUGUUGGUUGUGGAUUCGAACCGAGCAAGAUUCUGCGGCUUAUUAAACGGAAAUUGGGGUUGAAUAUUCCGGUUAUUGUCACGGUGAAUAAUGGUAUUAUUGGAAGGGAUGCUCUUACUAAUGAAUUUAAAGAGGUUAAAUGGGGUGCCCUUUUUAGUGGCACCGGCGACGAAGAAUAUGCAAGGCAUGUAAAUGAAGGCAUAGUUUUGACAAUUGGUUACUUGCCAGGAUUAAAAGUUGAAGCUAUACCGUUAAUACGGCCGCCACAGACACCUCAAGAACCAUCAGUUGAUAGUUUUGUGAUGGAUAUCAAGGAGUACUCUGCCUCUGUUUCUGGUCGCCCAUUCCCUGUUGGGAUUAUAUUGUUUGGAGAAGCAAGCAGUGACAUGAAACUGGUUCUGGAGAAGUUGGACUAUGCCAUGCCUAUAGACACUGUUAUUGUGGGUGAUGAGAGAGGAUGCUCUUUAUUCAGAUGUGGAAAUGAUUCUAGAACCGUUUGUGGUAGUAGAGGGUACAUAGAAGCUGUUGCCCUUGUAUUUGCUCAGGACAGAAAUAGGUCUUCUGGAAAUAUUAGAUUUCAUGCUGCAUUCUCAAAUGGUGUUUCACCUGUGGGUAGCAGAUACAAGGCAGCUUCAGUUAGAACAAACUACACCGACUGUUCAACAUGGCUAACUGCCAAGAGGGAAGGGCAUCAGGAACUUCUUGACGGUCAGAGUAUUUUACAUGAUAUUAACACUUUGCUGGAAAAUCACAUCGACUCUCCUGAACUGUACAUUGGGGUAACUAAACAUAGAAAAGUCUCUAUUGGAGCAGAGAGGCCAAGGCCAAGAACUUGUAUUGCAUAUCAUGGAGUUGUGGGAGGUGACGAAGAGUAUCUUUAUGUUGAUGGAAUGGGCAUCAAGACAGGAGAUAUCUUUCGGUUCUAUCAUUCAGAUCCGAGUUUUGCGUUAGCUUCAUUAACCGAGGUUCGUGAUGCCCUUAACAAAAUGAAGCUGGAAAGGAAUUCCAGGAGUUUGGAAGGUGAUGGAGACAAAGCUACCAAUGUUUUUGGUGGUCUUAUUUUUGCUUGUUAUGGCCGUGGUGAAUCGUUUUUCGAACGUCCUAAUGCUGAUAGCUCUCCCUUCUUGGAGAAUUUUCCAGGAGUGCCAUUGGGUGGAAUUUUUUGUGGUGGAGAAAUGGUGCGUCCUUGUACCACUAAGAUUGGUCUAUGUCCAGAUGAAAAACCUAUCAGUUGCUUUUUGCAUGUUUAUAGCACUGUCUAUUUAAUGAUGUCAUAUGAUCCUCCCUCUGUGGAAUAUUAGAUGCUACUCAUAAUUUUCUCUUCAAGAUGUACAUUUUGCUAAUUUGAGGAGAAUAUCGUUUUUCCAUUUUCCAUGGACAUGGACGGACUUGACUAUCUUGUCUUUGAUCUCAGACAAUAAUUUUGUAUCACAUGGGUAUGUUCUUUAUGCCGUCUAUAAGCAGUUAUGUUUAUGUUAACUAUCAUUCUGCAACUGAAUUCACAUCUUCUGAAGCUUAAGUUCUACAAGUGAAAAGCUUGAGGGGAUGUUUUCAAGUAGUUGUUUCCAUAAUAUUGUUGCUGAACGUGUUUAUGUUAUGAGUGCUUUAGCUAAACGGUUUGACAUGGGUACUAAACUGAGUUAAUGUAAUAAACCUCUAUUUUUGCCAUUGCAAUCUGCAAUUUCUCACAGGAUUUAUGAAUAUAGAUA